AUGUCCAUCAUCCAGCAACACACGAGCGCCACGCUCAGCGACGCCUGGCGAACCAUCAACAUCGACGCAUACAACGAAGAUUCGAGCGUCAACUUUGACACCUCGACACUACACCCGCCCCAACCCGAGAUUAGCGAAGCAGAGGUGCGCCAGUUGGCUGGCCAGGUUAGACAGUUGCUGAGAGGAGGCGAUGCCGAAGGCGCCCUGAGGGGAUGUCUGGAGACGCCUGUGUAUAAUGGAACAGAGGGGGCAAAGGACGCACAUCUCCAGACCAUCAUUGAGGUUCUGCAGUCCAUCAAGGCGAGCGAGAUGAGCCCCCUCCUCAAGGGAAUUUACGAAUCACAAGGCGGCAGCGAGUGUCUCGACGUCCUCAUGAAGUACAUUUACAAGGGAAUGGCCAUGGGCCACCCGAAAUCAGCGUCAAAAGUCACACCGCAAUCCACGGGAGGGUUCAGCCAGGUCGGUGCUCGACCUGGUGCUACGAACGAGUCAGCUUCUACGGCAAUGAGCGUUCUGCUUAGCUGGCAUGAGAAGCUUGUUGAGGUUGCGGGACUGGGAUGCAUUGGACGGACCAUGACGGACUGGCGGAGGGUGUAG